UUGUAAUGGUUGGUUAAGCAGCCAGAUUCGGAGAACUUGGGCCGCUAAACCCCACUUGCUCGAUGCUCUUUGGAGCUUUGUGCUAGCUAUGUCUCGUUCUCGGUGCUUCUUUUCUCGUGUCUCCUGCAUCAUGAGCAGCAAGUCUGUGGGGUAUACGCGGAACUUGCAAGUUGACGGCGUAGCCAUGUACGACCCCAAGCCCACCGAGACGAGGUAUAAAGAGGGAUCCCGCUGUGUUCAUUGAUAUAUCUCAUUCUUGACCAUACCAGCCAAUAUCGAGACUUUAUAUCCAUUUCCACUGAAAUUUGGAAAACAGCAUUCAUUCACCAUGGCUCCCAAGAUUGCAAUCGUCUACUAUUCCAUGUAUGGGCACAUCAAGCAGCUAGCUGAUGCUGAGAAGAAGGGUAUUGAGGCUGCUGGUGGCAGUGUAACGGUCUACCAAGUCCCAGAGACCCUCAGCGACGAGGUCCUCGGCAAGAUGCACGCCCCAGCAAAGUCCUCCGAUGUGCCAGUCCUCACCGACGUCAACACCCUGAAAGAAUACGAUGCCUUCCUCUUCGGCAUCCCCACACGAUACGGAAACUUUCCUGCCCAGUGGAAGGUCCUCUGGGACAAGACAGGCGGUCUAUGGAGCCAAGGUGCUCUAUGGGGUAAAUACGCCGGUCUCUUCGUCAGUUCCGGCACCCCGGGCGGAGGUCAAGAAUCCACCGCCAUUGCGGCGAUGAGCACGCUGGCUCACCACGGUCUCAUCUACGUCCCGCUCGGAUACAAGGUGGCUGGUGAUCUGCUCAGUGAUGUGAGCGAGCUUCAUGGAGGCUCUCCAUGGGGAGCAGGCACAUUCGCUGGCUCUCAGGGCCAGCGCCAGCCUUCUCCCAAGGAGCUCGAGAUCGCCGAGAGACAGGGCAAGGCCUUCUACGAGGCUGUGUCCAAGGUUAACUUCGCGUGACUAGAUGGCCAGAAGAAGCAGCCCGUACCACCACCAGCCAGUGGUAACGACAGGGCCACUUCCACGCCAGCAGCGACGAACAACCAGGAGAAUGGAUCUAGCCCGCAAGAGCGCAAAGAGCAUGACAAAGGCGGUCCCUGUGGCCUACCAUCCAAGUGUGUCGUCAUCUAGAAUGAAUAGCACUAACAAAUGAUCAAUCAUUUCCCCUGUACUGUCUCAUCCAAACGUCCAAGAAUUCCUUAGAUGAUUACUCUGACUCACCCUGUG